AUGCAAAACCCAAAAACAUUUUUUCCCGCUGCAAACCCUAGCAGCCCCUCUCCCCAAACUAACCGUCUGGCGUUUUCAGUGACAAAAGAGGAAGAGAGGAAAACAAGGGCAAGAAACCAGCAUCGCCUUCUCGCCAUGGAAGGCAUCGAUAUGGAAGGCCCAGACGUCUUCCCCGACUCAAUGGACGGCGAUUUCUGCGACUCGAUCCUUGCUCACUUCUCCAAAUCGGAUCAAGAAGACAGCCAACGCCUUUGCGCCACCAUUGGCUCCAUGUCUCAGGAACUCAGAGAACAAAACCUUCCUCUCACUCCAAUCGCCUACUUCGGCGCUACCUGUUCCUCUCUCGACCGCCUCUCCUCCCAACCGGACUCUCCUCCUCACGUCAUCCAGUCUCUCACCACCAUCCUCUCUCUCCUCCUCCCCCGUAUCCCCGUCGCCAUUAUAAAAAAGAAAGGAGAUUUCGUUUCGACAACUGCCCUUACUGUUCUAAGAUUAAAUUCCGUUACGGAGGUUACACAGACUUCAGGUUUGAAGUGCUUAGCUCAUUUAUUAAUUACCGGAGAGAAAGUUAAUUGGUCGGAUUUGUCACAAAAUUACGGUGUAAUGCUCGGAUUUUUAACUGAUUCCCGCCCUAAGGUGAGAAGACAAUCACAUUUGUGUCUCCGUGACGUUUUACAAAGCUUCCGAGGUACGCCGGUGCUCGCGCCUGCAAGCGAAGCCAUAACGAACUUAUUUGAGAGGUUUCUUCUGCUCGCGGGAGGUUCAAACACGAAUUCUAACGAGCGGUCCAAAGGAGCUCAGGAAGUUCUCUAUGUUUUGGAUGCUCUGAAGGACUCUCUUCCGCUUAUGUCGAUGAAAUACGGGACUACUAUUCUUAAGUACUAUAAAACUUUAUUGGAACUUCGGCAGCCUCUUGUUACUAGGCGUGUAACUGAUAGUUUAAAUCUAGUUUGUACUUAUCCAAAUGUUGAAGUCUCAGCUGAGGCAUUGCUAGAUUUGUUAUCCUCGUUGGCUCUUUCUGUUUCUGCGAAUGAAACAUCUGCUGUUAGCAUGACGUUUAAUGCUCGUUUGUUGAGUUCCGGAAUGAUAAAAGUAUAUUCUCUUAAUAGACAACUUUGUGUCAUCAAGCUCCCCAUUGUGUUCAGUGCACUCAAAGAUAUUCUGGGGUCGGAACAUGAGGAAGCUAUUUUUGCUGCCACGGAGGCUUUCAAGAACACGAUAAAUGGCUGUGUUGAUGAAGGCUUGAUCAAGCAGGGAGUGGAUCAGAUUAUUAAUUCAAUCUCGGAUGACAGAAAGGCAGGUCCAACUAUCAUUGAAAAAGUUUGUGCAACCAUUGAGAGCUUACUUGAUUAUCACUAUGGUGCUGUGUGGGACAUGGCAUUUCAGGUUGUUUCAGCAAUGUUUGAUAAAUUAGGGUAUUAUUCUUCAUAUUUUAUGAAGGGAACCCUUAAGAACUUGGCUGAAAUGCAAAGGUUGCCUGAUGAGGAUUUUCCUUACAGAAAACAGUUACAUGAAUGUGUUGGAUCUGCUCUUGGUGCAUUGGGGCCUGAGACUUUUUUAGGAAUUCUGCCCCUGAAUUUGGAGGCUAAUGACCUCUCAGAUGUAAACGUUUGGCUCUUUCCAAUUCUGAAGCAGCAUAUUGUUGGUGCUAACUUGAGCUUCUUUAGUGAGACACUUUUGGGUCUGAUUGGAGAAAUGAGGCAGAGAUCUCGUAAGCUUGAACUACAAGGAAAAAUUUUCUCAUCAAGGAGUGCAGAUGCUCUUGUAUACUCACUGUGGUCCUUGUUGCUUUCAUUUUGUAAUUAUCCUUUGGAUACUGCCAAAAGCUUCAAGGAUCUUUUAAGUCCUUUAUGCACUGCCCUUCAUGAAGAACAUGAUAUUCGUGGAAUAAUAUGCUCUAGUUUUCAGAUUCUGAUCCAACAAAAUAAGAAAAUUAAGGAAGGAAAAGAUGAUUUGUGUAGUUCUGAUAUAAGUCCAGCCAGACAGCGAGCUAUGUCGCAUUAUACCCCAGAAAUUGCUGGGGACAAUUUGAAUGUACUAACUGCAUCUGCUCCACAGUUAUUGUCACUUUUGUCGGGAAUCUUCAUGGAAUCUACAGUAGAUGAGGGUGGAUUUUUGCGGUCCACAAUUGGGGAGUUGGCUUCCAUAGCACAUGAAAAUGUUGUCAGAACCUUAUUUAAGAAGACAAUGCACAGGCUUUUGAAAGUCACACAAGAGGCUGGUUUAGCCGAGGCGUCAAGGAAUAAUAAUUCUAUGCAGGUUGAUGAUUCAUCAACUGAAAGCUCGUUAUCUCUUGAAAGGGUGCUGUUAUUUGACCUGGCAGUUUCACUAUUGCCUGGUUUAGAUGAGCCAGCAUUAGAUGUCUUAUUCAGCGCAAUAAAACCUGCAUUGCAGGAUGUCGAUGGCUUGAUUCAGAAGAAGGCUUACAAAGUGCUUUCAAUAAUCCUCAGGAACCAAGAAGGGUUUCUAUCAGCAAAACUGGAGGAAUUGCUGAAACUUAUGAUUGAAGUGCUGCCAUCAUUUCACUUUUCUGCCAAACGCCAGAGACUUGACUGUUUGUACCAUCUGAUUGCCCAUGUCUCAAAGGAUGAUUCAGAGCAGAGGAGACAUGAUAUUCUUAGUUCUUUCCUGACGGAAAUAAUCCUUGCUUUGAAAGAGGCUAAUAAGAAAACAAGAAAUAGAGCUUAUGAGGUCCUUGUCCAAAUUGGCCGUGAAUAUGGAGAUGAAGAUGACAGUGGACAGAGAGAAAACCUGUUUAAUCUGGUUGCUAGAGGCUUGGCUGGAGAAACUCCUCACAUGAUUAGUGCUGCUGUGAAAGGCUUGGCUCGGUUGGCUUACGAGUUUUCUGAUCUUGUUUCUUCUGCUUACAAGUUGCUUCCUUCAACAUUUCUUCUUCUUCAGAGAAAGAACAGAGAAAUUAUUAAAGCUAAUCUGGGUUUGUUGAAAGUGUUGGUGGCCAAAUCAAAAGCUGAAAGCUUGCAAGCACACCUGGCCAGCUUGGUGGAAGGCUUGUUGAGGUGGCAAGAUUAUACCAAAAAUCAUUUUAAGGCUAAGGUUAAGCUUCUUCUGGAAAUGCUAGUCAGAAAAUGUGGUAUUGAUGCUGUGAAGGCUGUUAUGCCUGAAGAACACAUGAAGCUCCUUACUAACAUACGAAAGAUCAAGGAGCGGAAAGAGAGGAAACAGGCUGCUAGCUCUGUGGAAAGCAGAUCUCAUCUAUCAAAGGCAACCACAUCCAGGCUUAGCAGAUGGAAUCAUACCAAAAUAUUUUCUGAUUUUGGUGAUGAUGAUACAGAUGAUAGUGAUGGAGAGAUGGCUUCUGGCCGACAGAGUAAAGGUUCCUCAAGGUUAAAAUCAAAAGCAUCUUCACUGCGGCCCAAGAAAACACGGAAAGCAGAUAAGAGCUUGCCUGAAGACUUGUUUGACCGGUUAGAAGAUGAGCCACUAGACUUGCUUGAUCAGCAUAAAACAAGAUCAUCACUGCGAUCAUCUUCACAUCUCAAGCGGAAGCAAGAUUCUGAUGACGAGCCAGAGUUUGAUCCUGAUGGGCGCUUGAUAAUUCACGAAAGAGGGAAGCCAAAGAAGAAGGUUCCAUCCUCUGACCCUGAUUCAGAUGCAAGGAGUGAAGCACGAAGUCAUUUUUCUGUUGGCUCUGCAAGGAACACCCAGAAGCGAAGGAAAACAUCAGAGUCGGGAUGGGCAUACACCGGUAACGAGUACGCUAGCAAGAAGGCUGGUGGGGAUGUGAAAAAGAAGGAUAAGCUUGAACCAUAUGCGUACUGGCCUCUUGAUCGCAAGAUGAUGAGCCGUAGGCCAGAACAUCGAGCAGCUGCUAGGAAGGGCAUGGCAAGUGUGGUGAAAAUGACAAAAAAGCUUGAAGGUAAGAGUGCCUCAAAUGCACUCUCUGUUAAGUUCAUGAAGUUUAAGAAGGUUCAAAAGAAAGGUGGCAAAAGGAAAAGGUGACCAUAUGCAUAGGUGUUUUCGCCCAAGUUUUGAAAAGAUUUUUCAAUCGCUUGUAUUAGAACUACAGGCCAAAAUUUUGGAAGUGAUUUGUUGAAUUUGGAUUGUGUUAUUGUGUGUAUAUAAUUACAGUGUCAGCUGGUUAAAAUGCUGAUGUUGCUGAUUUAUCCAUUUUGCUUACUCUGAUUAGAAAGA